AUGAGGUUCUCUUUUCUACUGGUGGUGUGCUUUGUUGCCCUGGUGCUUGCCCAGUCGAAGCUCCAGGCCACUUCCUUGUUGACAUGUAUGGACAACUCUCAGAUAUCAGCAUCAUACUUGGAUGUGACGUACUUUCAAAAAAACCAGUCCGUGGUGGCCAACGUGAUGGCCAUCUCCAACAUUAACGCCAACGUGACCAUCAACGUCGAGUUGAUCGUGUAUGGCUUGAAGGUGCUCACCCAAAACGUUUCCUUGUGUGACUACGCGAGCUUCGGUGCGGUCUGUCCGCUCACAUCGGGUCACUUGGACUUCAAUUUUGACCAGAAGCUCUCGUCUUCCAUCACCCGUCAGAUUCCGGGCGUCGCGUUCACCGUCCCCGACAUCGAUGCCAGAGUAAGGAUUGCUCUUUAUGAAGAAGAGACUGACAAGGCCUUGGCCUGUGUGGAAGCGGUUGUUUCUAACGGUAAAACUGUCCAGACGAAGUAUGCUGCCUGGCCCAUUGCUGCCAUAGCUGGUCUAGGGCUCAUCACGUCUGGUGUGGUGUCUGUAAUGGGCAACUCGAAUACAGCAGCUCAUAUCGCCUCCAACUCUAUGUCGUUGUUUAUUUACUUCCAAUCAUUGGCCAUUACAUCUAUGGAGGCCGUAGCUAAAGUGCCUCCCAUUGCUGCAGCUUGGGCUCAAAAUUUCGUUUGGUCUCUAGGCAUCAUCAGAGCAGGUUUCAUCCAGGAUAUUGCUAACUGGUAUUUGCAAGCAACUGGUGGCACUCCCACAGAUGUCUUACGCAAUGAAUAUUUGUCCGUCUCCGUUCAGAAGAAGGUAAAGAGAUCUCUUGAACAUCUCUCUGAAGCCCUUUAUGACUCGAAGUUAUCGAACGUUGUUCGCUUGCACAAGAGACUCUCAAUCUCUGUGGAUUCGGACAAGUUUGGUCUCUCUGAUAAUUUGAACUCCACCUUAUACACGACCAAUGAGAAGGAUCCUAAUCUUGGAAGUAAGGUGUUGAUUUUGCGUGGUAUUCAAAGAGUCGCCUACUUGGCCGGCAUCGAAAUAACAGACUUAUUUAUGACUGCCAUUAUUUUCCUAUUCUUUUUCGCUUUCGUUCUUGUUGCUUGUAUGAUGUUCUUCAAGGCCAUCAUAGAAAUUUGCAUUCGCUCCAAGAUUAUGCACGAGGGUAAGUUCAACGAAUACAGACAGCAAUGGUCCAGUAUCAUCAAGGGCGCCUUGUACAGACUUUACCUCAUCGCUUUCCCCCAGGUAUGUGUCUUGUGCUUAUGGCAAUUCACUGCUCAUGACUCCGCAGGAUACGUUGUCGUCGCCGCUUUCCUUUUCCUUAUUACCAUAGUUCUCUUAGGAUAUGCUGCCACAAGAGUUAUCACUUUUGGGAGAAGAUCUACCAGGGUGCAUAAAAAUCCCGCCUAUCUUUUGUUUGGAGAUGCUAAGUUCUUAAACAAAUUUGGGUUUGUUUAUGUGCAAUUCAAAGCCGACUGCUACUGGUUUGUUGUAACCUCCAUGAUAUACUCUUUCCUUAAGUGCUUAUUUGUUGCAGUUUUGCAGAAGCAGGGAAGAGUACAGUCGGUUAUCAUAUUUGCUAUCGAACUCAUCUACUGUGUCCUUGUGUGUUGGAUAAGACCAUUCAUGGAUAAGAGAACCAACAUUUUUAACAUCACGAUUGCUGUCAUCAACACUAUCAAUGCGCUUUUCUAUAUGUUCUUUUCCUACGUCUUCGGUCAACCGCAAGUUGUGGCCUCGGUUAUGGCAGUGGUGUACUUCGUUUUGAAUGCUGUGUUUGCUUUGUACCUUUUACUCUUCACGAUCAUCACAUGCGUCCUUGCAUUGGUGUACAAGAACCCUGACACGAGGUACCAACCAAUGAAAGAUGAUAGAGUGUCGUUCUUGCCUCGUAUUCAUCACAAGGGUGCCCUGCAAAACUCAUCAGAUCCAGAUGAUAUUGAGUUGGUGGCCUUGGGUGCAAGUGCGAUGAAGGGUCAUGAAAAUGGUGGCAAACCAAUUUACGAUGACGAGUCGGUAUAUGAUGAUGACUCUAGUCAAACGAAGAGAGGCAAUGGUUUUGUUGAUACUGAGAGUUAUUCUAAGAACUCUCUUAGCGUUGAGUCCGCGGAACCCCAACAGCCUGCCUCUACAAUCGUUGGCAACUCAACAAACGCAUACACUGGCUUCCAAACACAGUAUAACGGGCGGGAUGAAACGCCGUACCGUGGCUAUUACGGCAACCGAUCGAAUCAGAACCAAAACCCGAGCUACAUAUGA